AUGCAGUUCUCAACUCUCACAUCCCUCGUCGUCGCCUCUGCGGCCAUCUCACAGGCCGCUGCACUUCCCACCGUGCAGGAGAACAGUCUGAUCCCUCUAUCCGACACACUCAAGACGAGCCAUCCUGAAGCUUACGCCGCGUUCAUGUCGGCGCCCUUCAUUAACCUCGAUUCGACCAACGAGAAGCGCCAGGAAGUUCCCGUAGAUGGACAGCCCAACUCUACGCGCCCUAUUGUCACGCCCAAGAACAUCUUUGUUCUGCAAUGCUCCGACGCUGGUUUCCGUGGAGACUGUCUUUCCUGGGGGGCGCCUCCUGGCAGGUGUGUGAACUAUUCUAGCUUCAACAAGACUCAGGAGUUCCUGAACCAGUACGACAAUCAAACCAGCUCGCUGAGCACAAACACCGGUGGCCUGUGCCAGUUCUACAAGUUUGCCGAUUGCAACAACAAGGGAGACGAUCGCGGGGUGACUCUCUCUUACAACUACAACCUGGGUGAGGCUACCGAUGAUUACUCUGGAGACUACGACGACCAGAUCAGCUCUUCGGCUUUGUUCACCGCCGCGACCAUCAUCGUCCCUAGCGUCCAGGCCGUCGACACACUCGUGGAUGUCGGGUACGCCAAAUUCCAGGGCGCCGUGACCAAUGCAGACCUGGGCGUAACGACCUGGAAGGGCAUCCAAUUCGGCGCACCGCCCGUCGGAGACUUGCGUUUUGCUGCCCCCGCCGACCCGGUCCAGACCGGUACCGUCAACGCUACCGCCCACGGCCCCAUCUGCCCUCCGCAGCAACCCACCGACUGGACCGUCACCGGCACCUAUGAGCGCUUCACCGUCGCCGAGGACUGUCUUUACUUGGCUGUGACAGCUCCUUCCGACGCAAGCGUUGACUCGAAACUUCCUGUCGUCUUCUUCAUCCAGGGUGGAGGUUUCGGCUCCAACUCGAACGCCAACUGGGAUGCCAGCGAGAUAGCAUCCGAGGGCGUCAUUGUCGUGCAGACCAACUACCGUGUUGGUAUGUAUGGCUUCUUGCAGAGCGAGGAGGUCCGCGCUGGCGGUAGCCUCAACGCUGGUAUCAAGGACAUGAUCAAGGCUCUCGAAUGGGUCCAGACCAACAUCGCGAAGUUCGGUGGAAACCCGGAGCAGGUUGUUCUCGAUGGUGUCAGCGCCGGUGGCUCUGCUGUCGGUCUGCUGAUGGCUGCCAAUACUGGCGGCAAGAAACUUUUCGCCGGAGGCAUUGCUGAGUCUGGUGGCUGGGUUACUAUGAGAACCAUGGAGCAGGGUCAAGGUCAGUUCGACUGCCUCGUCAAGGAGAAGAACUGCACAGGCUCUGCCGACUCUCUGGCUUGCCUACGUGCUCUGAACGAGUCUGAAGUUCGUUCUUCCAGCUGCUGGUUCAACCCUGGUAUCGACGGCGAGCUCUUCACCGACAGCAUGGUCAAUCUCUUCGAGGCCGGAAACUACACUAAAGUCCCAACCAUCUGGGGCUCUUGUGCCAACGAGGGAACCAAGUACUCCGCGCCGCAGUCCACCAACUCCACAGAGGAGGCAAACACAUGGCUUCUCGGUCAGGACCCGUCCCUCUCCAACAGUUCUCUCGCGGUUCUGGAUGACCUCUACAUCGACGUCCCCCAACCCGUCUUCCCCGAGUCCGGAAUCAAGUGGCGCCAAGCCGCCAACGCCAUUGCGGAUAUCGGCACGCAUUGCAUCGUCCGCAACAUCCAGAACUACCUCGCCCGCGACGAGGUGACCACCUACAACUACAGAUACGGUGUGCUCGACCCCAAGGACGAGGCCGACGGCUUCGGCGCGUACCACACGGUCAACACGUACGCGUUCUGGGGACCCAACCGCACUGACGGCUCCGCUCCCUCGUCGUACUUCAACACCAAUGCCCCUGUCGUCUCGCAAUUCAGGAAGUACUGGGUCUCUUUCAUCCGAAACCUGGACCCCAACACUGAUCGCGAGAAGGGUGCCGCGGAAUGGAGGGCCUUCACUGGCCCUGAGGGCCGCGAGAGGCUGUUUGUGCAGACGAACAACACUCGGAUGGAGAAGAUGAGCUCUGCUCAGGCUCUGAGAUGCGACGUUGUGAGACCCAUGUCGAACAACUUGGGCAAGCCUGUUGACAGCGGCGUCGUCACGGAGCUUGAUGCUGCACUGGCGGCAGGUCUCAAUGGGACCACUGAGGACACCACCUUCGGCAAGAAGAGGCAUGCCAGACAGUUCUCUCGGUACUUCUAA